AGCAAUUCUACAAAUGAAACUUAUACAAAUGAACUGUGGGAUAAACAUAUACCCUGGGAGCGUGGCAUAAUCGCCAUCGAGAACGGCGACGCAAAGCGCAAGGGGCUCCCAGAUUCACAGCCAUUUCCUUGGGAUGCUAGCAAGAGCAUCUAUAUUCUCAACUCCCAUCAUAUUCUUCACUGUGUGCGAAAUGUGUUCAUUUCCAUACGGGAAUACCGCCAUAAUCAACCACAGAGCAUCACAUACGACCAUAUUCUGCACUGCCUUGAUAGUAUCAGGCUGGAGACGUUAUGCACGGCAGAUGACACACCAAGGUAUGUCCCUCACAAUGCAGUGACUGGGUUUCGGCCUGGUGAUGGACAAAUUCGAAUGUGUCGGGAUUGGGAGAAGUUGGAUGCUUUUGUAAACGAACAUAGUCCAUGCUAUCGGGAGCUAUCACACACCGAUGAACACAUAUCCAAUCUGGACAGAUUCAAGUACUGCCCCAACGAUUCUCCCUACCUUCCUAUCAUAAGGAGCUUCUUUGGAUAUGACGAGGAAUGGGUCCCAUGGCCGGGGAGUGAAUGA